AUGACGACUGCAGUUGUAUAUGGCAUCCUUAAACCUCUUUUGGAGAAACUGGCUUCAUCAGCUGAUGAAGAACUUGAAUUGGUAUGUGGCGUCAAGGAUGAUCGAGAGAAGCUCAAGAACACACUAGAGACGAUCCAAAGGGUGCUCAUUGAUGCUGAACAAAGGCAAACUAAAGAUGAGGCAGUAAGCAUUUGGCUGUCGAAGCUUAAAGACUUCUGCUAUGUCGUCGAGGACGUGCUGGACGAUUUCGAAGCUAGGGCUUUGUGGAGGCGGGUGAGGUCCACCAAGCACUUGACCCUCAAAAGGAAAGUAAGCUACUUGUUCUCAUGGAUAUCCAAUUUCAUUUUCCAAUUUAAGAUGGCACAUAAUAUGAAAGAACUGAGAAAGAGACUUGAUGGGAUCAAUGAAGAGAAAAGUCGGUUCAACUUGUCGGGGGAUAUUCACGACAAGAUUAUAGUUCCAUGGAGGGAAACCCAUUCUUUUGUAACCCCUUUAAAUAUGAUUGGAAGAAACGAAGAAAAGGAAAUGAUAUUAGAGCUAUUAAAAAGAUCAGAUGGUGGAGCUAGAAUGAUAGGAGUCAUUUCGAUUUUUGGAAUGGGAGGUAUUGGAAAGACGGCUCUUGCUCAACCGGUGUACAAUGACGGUUGGGUAAACAGAUAUUUUGAUCUCAAAGUUUGGUUAUCCAUGCCAGUAGGAUUCGAAACUAAGAACAUAAUAAGAGGCAUCCUCGAGUAUUUGGGUCACAAAGAAAAAUUUGAUAACUUGGAAAUGCUGCAAAAUAUCCUAAGAAGGUUCAUAGGGAACAAAAGGUGUCUGUUUGUAAUGGACAAUGUGUGGGGAGGUGGGAAGAUUGGGUGA